UGCUUACACAAAAAAAUAAGCUUUACGAAGUUUAAAAUUUAAUCGUGCACCCUUUCUUUUUAUUAUUGUUUUUUCUCUCUUUGCAGUUCAAUAUCGCCAACCUCAGUACGGGAUGCCAGAAGAAGCUAGAAAUCGACGAUGACCAGAAACUAUCAACACAAUACCUCAUAAUCAUAGCAAGGGGCAUGCAAAUGUGGAACCUCUUUUCAACAGCUUGGUCUUGCAGCAAUACAUUCUUUUAUGCUCACAGGUGUGAUGUGAACCUCUUGUUGGCGACAUUAUGUACUCGUACCAUUCAAACCCGUGAAGGAAGUAUAGUUAAAGCUCUUGAUUGUAAUGCUGCUGUGGCUAGUCGGGAUGCAUUGGCAAAGACAUUUUAUGCUCGAUUGUUUGAUUGGCUUGUUGAUAAGAUUAAUAUAUCCGUGGGGAAAGAUCCAAAUUCCCAUGUGCAAAUUGGAGUUUUGGACAUCUAUGGAUUUGAAUGCUUUAAGCAUAAUAGAUUAUGACCCCCUCUCUCACGAGCAUGCUAGCUGGGAAAUAUGUUCCAGUAGAUGUUGCUGCACUGCUAAACUCAACACUCAAGGCGAAUUCUUUUGUCGCAUAACUUUUCUUUUCUCCAAAUAUUGUUCAUUCCUUGUGGUUAGUACUUAACCAGACCAUUACCCCAGGUGGUCUAAAUGAUGUUACAUUAUCUGGUUUGGAUGUUACAUUUGAGUUUUAGAAAAUGAAAAUAUUAGAAAAAAUUUGCAAAUGGUGGUGGAUCUGUAUCCUGAUGCUACUUUAUUGAUGGUGGAUUUGUAAAUUUAACAGC